AUGACGGUGGCUCUCAGGCCUAUCAUUGUUUUCUCGGGCAGGAAAGAUGGGCAAAACGUUGCUGGGAAGCUGCCAUCGGCGUGGGCAUCGCAGGCAGCAGAUCAGUUUGCCGCCCACAUUCUCACCAUCCCGCUGCUGACGUGGCGCCUGCCAUCUCCUCUCCUCCCUGCCUUGCGCCACCUGUCAGCCCUCCAACCCUGCCUCCUCUCCUGCCUGCGCAAGGCUCCUUCCCCCCACCCCUCGCCACCCGACCCGUACCACCGACUCACCUCCCAUCUCCCCCCUCCUGCCUGGGCCCUGGCCAACGCCUAUGCUGAGAGUGAGGGGAUUCAGAGUGGUUUGCAGGGGGCGCAGAGUGGUGCGCAGGGAGUGCAGAGUGGUGGUGGUGGUGGUGGUGGUGCUGCUGCUGCUGCUGCUGCUGCUGGUGCAGGGGUGGCUGCUGACGUGGCAGUGGUGAUGACUGUGUUCUGCAGGGCGUACGCUCACCUGCUGCUUGUGCUGGAUGAUGAGGAGUUCUACCAGAGACAGAUUCUUUUCUCUCUUUCCGAGCAAAGGGUCAUCGCAGCAACACUCAACACCCUCGUCUACAACACACUCAUCUCCUCCCCCUCCUCCUCCUCCCCGUCCCCCUCCUCUUCCUCAUCCGCCUCCGCCUCCUCCCCGCUCACCCCCUCGCAAUCCGCUCUCCUAGAAGCGGCCACUCGCUGCCUUCUCCCUCUGCACGACCGCGACUGCAGACGGGCCUUCUGCGAGCCUUCACUCUGGCUGGCUCCAGCCGAUCGCCGCCCGCCACCUGUCAUCUCUGCAGCAGGCGCGGCCAGACAUCAUGGGGUGGGGGGGGGCGAGGGGGGAGGGGGGAUGGGCGGAAUGAUGGGGGGAGGCGAGGAGGACUGGGAGAUGGGGGAGUGGAUGGGGGAACUAGGCAUGGGCGGGGGGGCAGGAGGGAGAGGAGGAGAAAUGGGUGGGGACGGACGAGGGAUGGGGGGAGGAGGGAGAGGGCAUGGAGGCGCGGAGAAGGGGAAGGAGCAGCAGAGCGGGUCUGCCAUGGCUGCUGUGCUGCGCACGCUGCCCCACGUGCUGCCGUUUGAAAAGAGGGUGCACAUAUUCCGGGAGCUCAUCCAAGCAGACAAGGCGAGGCAUGGAUUAGGGGUGACACCGGGGAUGGGCAUGGUGCGGCCCGUGGUGGACGUGUCCGUGCGGCGGGAUUUGCUCGUGGAAGACGCGUUUGUGAGACUCAACCAGCUGGGGCCCAUGCUCAAGGGCCGUGUGCGUGUGUCAUUCGUGAACGCGUUUGGAGCCGAGGAGAUUGGAAUGGACCAGGGCGGACUCUUUAAAGAGUUUCUCACCGACCUCGCUAAAGCAGCCUUCGACCCGGGCUAUGGUCUGUUCCUCCAGGCAGCAACAGAGGAGGGCUACCUCUACCCGCACCCGGCAGCAGCAGCGCUGGGCCACGGCAUUCCCAUGGUGGAGUUUCUCGGCCGCAUCGUGGGCAAGGCGCUCUACGAGGGUAUCCUUCUCGAGUACAGCUUCGCCCCUCUGUUCGUGUCCAAGCUCGUGGGGAGAUACGCCUUCUUGGAUGAGCUGUCUUCUCUCGACAUGGAGCUUUACAGGAAUCUCAUGUAUCUCAAGCACUACGAGGGGGAUGCGUCAGAGCUGGCUCUGGAUUUUACAGUGACAGAGGAGGUGUUGGGAGAGCACAGCAUUGUGGAGUUGCGGCCGGGCGGCAGUCACAUCGCCGUGACCAAUGAGAACAAGCUGCAGUACAUUCACGCCGUGGCGGAUUACAAACUUAACCGUCAGAUGGCAGCAGUGGUGGCAGCGUUUCUGAGGGGCCUCUCGGAUCUGAUUCAGCCUGAGUGGCUGCGGCUGUUCAGCCCAAAGGAGUUCAACCAGCUGUUAUCAGGCGGGGAGCAGGACGUGGACGUGGAGGACCUCAAGGCGCACACGCGAUACUCUGGAGGAUACACGGAGAGUGAUCGAACCAUCAAGAUGUUCUGGGAGGUGGUGAAGGAGCUAUCAAGAGAGGAAAAGAGCCAGCUGCUGAAAUUCGUGACCAGCUGCUCGCGGCCUCCGUUGCUGGGUUUUAAGCAUCUCAACCCGCCCCUCACCAUCCACAAGGUCAACGUGGACGCGUCCAUGUGGGCUACACUGGGAGGACCUGACGUGGACUGGCUUCCCACUGCUUCCACCUGCUACAACCUGCUCAAGCUACCCACCUACCAACGAGCCAGCACAUUGCGGGAUAAGCUAAAGUACGCCAUCUCUUCUGGUACCGGCUUUGAAUUGUCAUAA